AUGUCAUCGGAAAAGGACGACGAAUACACCAGAAGACGUCGCGCAGAAGAAGAAACACUCAUAGAAACAAUCCGAUACAAAAGGCGGCGCAUCAAAUUGGCACCUUCCUUUCCAUCAGAAGAUGAAAUUCAACACAAAAUUCGUACAAUUCUUAGUUCUGUCAUUGAUCUCAUUCAAUCCAAUAAUCUCUUUGACUUUUUCACUGAGAUCCGCGGUCGUAAGCCUGAAUUCUUUGCCAAAAACGAAGCCACUCUUUACAAAUGCCACUUGGAAAAGGUGCAUCUGCAGGCAUGUCACAUAACGGACAAAAUUCGGUGCGGAACGGAAGCAUUAUCAAUGGGUUACGACCUCUACAGACUUCUUGUUCAGGCGGAUGACUCAUUAACAAGCUCUAGGGACAAGUUUUUCGAAGAGGAAGUCAAAGGAGUGUCUUUUGACCCUACCUUUACGGCAGAGUUUGUUCGCAAAGAACUCGAGUUUUUAGAGGAUUUUUGUCAGAAGAUCCAGACGGAAAUCCGCGAAGCCGAACUCCAGCUGAAUACUGAGACUCAUGAAUCUUUGUCCGAAGAAAUCAAGCGCAUUCUAGCCAAUCUCGAGCACAAACUUGAUGAGAAAUUCGAGCAUUUCAGUCAGCAGCAAGAACAAUUUAGUCGCAAGUUGACCGAUCUUGAGCACAAACUCGACGAGACACGGGAGCAUUGCAGUCAACUGCAAGAAGAAAUCAAAUGCAUGCUGAAAGAACCUAAAGAGCCCAUAAAUAAUAGUCGUCUUGUCUCGGAAAAGCAAUCACAUUCACCUGCGGGCACACCAUCGAGACGGAGCACCGAGGAAGAUCUCUUGGAUCUGGAAGAUGAUGUUGUUUUCCAGAAUUCUGACGAGGGGACGUCGACAGCAACAAUAACGUGCCAGAAAGACCAUCGGCGGAAGAAGAGAGACUCGAGCUUGAGCAUCGCUUGA